GCAUUUGAUGGUUUUCUAAGGUGUUCUACAGGAAACUAGUGGUCUGUUUUAGAAACCAUUAAGCCAAUUCCCAUUAAAAAGCUAAAGGUUUUAAUCCUUUUUCAGCAGGUUUAGAUCUGUACUGUUUCUGUUCAGCAGGGGGAGUGGUCAGUACUGUAUGAUCAUAACUAUGAGAAAAUAAAUGAAACUAUAUACAAGUACGCAGUAUUUCUAAAGCUGCAGUGUGGCAUUUUAACCACCAGGGGUCGACAAAGCCCUAAAGACUGCCAUUGUGAAUUUUCACCAGGAGCAAUCAUUUUACUUCAGCAUGUCUCUUGGAUUCUUGGUCAUCUUAAAUGCGUGCUGCGCAGCGUUGACCACCUUGAAUGUGCUUUGCUGGCCAGUUCUCCGCCCACUGACCUGCUUUUUCAGUGUAUUAACUGCAGUUUUAAUGCACUAUUCAACAAACAUUCAACCCAUAUAAGGACAACUAGGAGUAAAUAUGGACACGGACAACCUCUCCGUGGUUUUGCAUGGGAAAGGCGAUCUGAGGCUGGAACAGCGUCCGGUACCAGAGCCUGGACCAAAUGAAGUUCUCCUCCAGAUGCACUCAGUGGGAAUCUGCGGUUCUGAUGUGCACUUCUGGCAAAAUGGGGGGAUUGGGGACUCAGUCGUGAAGAAGCCGAUGGUCUUGGGCCACGAGGCCGCUGGGCGUGUGCUCAGAGUGGGCACCGGGGUGACCCAUCUUAAACCAGGAGACCGGGUGGCCAUUGAACCAGCAGUGCCCUCUGAAAUGGAUGAGUUUGUCAAAUCUGGCCAUUACCACCUGUCACCCAACAUAUUCUUCUAUGGAAGACCACCUGAUGAUGGGACCAUUUGUAGAUACUACAAACACAGCGCCAGCUUCUGCUACAAACUCCCUGAUAAUGUGACAUAUGAGGAAGGUGCGCUCAUUGAGCCGUUGUCUGUGGGGAUCCACGCCUGCAGGAGAGCUGGCGUCACCCUGGGCAGCUCGGUGCUCAUCUGUGGAGCAGGACCGAUUGGGCUGGUAACUCUAAUAGUAGCUAAAGCCAUGGGUGCAUCUCAAGUGAUAAUAAGUGAUCUUUCUGCUGAGAGACUGGCUAAAGCUAAGGACCUAGGAGCUGACUUCCUUCUUCCUGUGAAGAGAGAGGAUGCUCCACAGGAAAUAGCCAGACGUGUGGAGGGCAUGCUGAGUGGAAUGCCUCACAUCAGCAUAGAGUGCACCGGCGUAGAGAGCGGCAUUCAGACAGCCAUCUAUGCUACUCGCUCUGGGGGAGUAGUGGUGUUGGUGGGGCUUGGUGAAAAGAUGACCACCGUGCCUCUCCUCAAUGCAGCUGUCAGAGAAGUUGACAUCAAAGGCGUGUGUCGUUACUGUAACACGUGGCCUUUGGCGAUUGCCAUGGUUGCUUCUAAGCAGGUCGACGUGAAGCCCCUGGUCACCCACCGCUUUCCACUGGGGCAGGCUGUCCAGGCCUUUGAGACGACACGUCAGAGACUUGGUGUCAAAGUCAUGCUGAAAUGCGACAAAAACGACCAGAACCCAUAAGACCCAGAACCCCUCACUGACCACAGUCAUUUAUUAAUGCUAUGGCCCCCGCUACUCUGCCCAGUAUGGUCAUUCUUAGAAAUAAUCUUCUGUAAUUAGUCAUGGCAGUUUGCAGCUUUGAAUGCAAUGAAAAGAUUAUAUGCUUUUGUAAUGGCCACCUCUCACACUUACCAAAGUAUUAAAAGAGCACUUUAUUUUAGAAAUGUGUCACAACAUAACUGUGACCAGGUUUAUAUGGCAAUCACUCUGUCAGAAUGUUAGAGUGUCAGUUGUCUAUUAACGUUUGUACUGUGAGCGUGCCCCCUCUACAGGUUAAGAUGACCUUUAAAGAGAGCAGGCCUCUCUGUGGGGUGUGGGCAGCUGAAAAGGUGCUACACGGUCUUUUGUCCACACAUGCUGGCAUAUAGACCAAGCUGCUUUAUUGUAUUUGCUGGAUAAUUAGAUUUCAGCCUUUUCCAUCUUUUGGUUUUUGUCCAUUAGAUGUUCUAAUCGUGAUUUAUUUUUCCUCAUUCUGAUUCUGAUUUUUUGACCAAUGACUUUUCUUUUUUGACCCUUAUCUGACCGUAUACAACCCAGUCUGAAGAAGCAUUUCAUCAUGCAAAGAACUUUAAGCAUGCAUGGUUCUAUAAAUAACCAUUGUCUUUACUAAAGAACCCCUGAAGAACCAUCUUUUUUCCCCCUUAUAUCUGAUGUUGGGCUAAGUGAAUACAUAAAACACACUAGUACAUUUCCAGUACUUUCCUGUAGCCCAGGUCACAAUAUAAACAACAUUAUUUGUUC